CGUAGAGCAGGGUUUAGGGCGAAAACGUCAAGUCUUUCGAUGCGCUCCGGGGUGAUUCGUGGCUAGUGCUUCUCACCUAGCUCGGUCUGAUCCACGCGCCAAAGCUUCAUUCUCCUCAUGGCCGACGGCGAUGGCACCUAUCGAUCGUUCCGGCAAAACACCCGCGAGCGUCUUCUACACGAGAUGCUUAGAUCUGCCAAGAGCACCAAGAGCGCAUCGCCUUGGAAGGUUUUGAUCAUGGAUGAGCUCACCGUGAAAGUGAUGUCGAGUUCUUGCAAAAUGGCGGACAUCACAGACGAGGGAGUCUCACUGGUCGAAGAUCUUAACAGGCGCAGGCAACCAUUGCCUGCUCUAGACGCUGUCUACUUCAUUCAGCCUUCGAGGGAAAGUGUGAAGAAAUUUGUCUCGGAUAUGUCAGGAAAGUCUCCUCUCUACAAGAAAGCUUAUGUGUACUUCAGCUCCACGUUGCCACGGGAUCUUCUCAAGGCAAUUAAAGAGGACAGAGCUUUGAUGUCACGGAUUUCUGCUCUUAGAGAGGUCAAUCUCGAGUACUUGGCAAUCGAUAUGCAGGGCUUUGUUACAGACAAUGACAGAGCACUACAGCAAUUGUUUGGCGAGCAGAAGGAGCUCGACUUUGUCCUUGAUACAGUUGCGCGGCGUCUGACCACAGUAUUUGCCUCUUUCAGAGAGUUUCCUUAUAUUCGCUACCGUGCAGCAAGAUCGGCAGCAGCUAAUAGUACAGCUGCAACUACCAAUUCUGACUUACUGCCUACAAAACUGGCUGCAUGUGUUUGGGAUCGUCUUAUGAAGUACAAGUCGUCUCUUCCUGAUUUUCCUCAAAAUGAGACGUGUGACCUCCUCAUACUGGAUCGUGCCGUAGAUCCGAUUGCUCCCGUGAUACACGAGUGGACAUACGAGGCCAUGUGUCAUGAUUUAUUAAGUCUGGAGGGGAGCAAGUAUACAUACGAGAUUACAACUAGCUCUGGUAAAAGAGAACAGAAGGAAGUUCUCCUCGAAGAACAUGACCCUAUCUGGGUUGAACUGCGGGAUCUUCAUAUUGCUGAGGUAAGCGUGAAGCUGGACGAGAAAAUGAAAAUGUUUGCGAAUAAGAACAAAGCUGCUGAAAUCAAACUUGGAGGAAGUGGUCAAAACAUGACAACAAGAGAUAUGCAGAAGGUUGUUCAGGCACUUCCACAGUACCGGGAUCAAAUUGAAAAGCUCAGCCUUCACAUUGAUAUCGCUACAGCCUUGAACAGUAAAAUAAGAACGCAUUGUCUCAGUGAUGUCGCAGAGUUAGAACAAAAUCUAGUAUAUGGAGAUGCUUCAAGCAAAGAGCUCAUCAACUUUCUCAGCACGGCAGAGAAUAUAAGUGCAGAUUGCAAGUUGCGCUUAUUGAUGAUUUACGCUGCCACUCAUCCGGAGAAACUCGAUGAAUCGAAGAAACAACAAUGGAUGAAGCUAGCUAGAUUAAGUGAUGGCGACAUGGCUGCGGUGUCCAAUCUUGAGUACUUGGGGCUGUCUGUAUCCAAAAAGCAGUCAGGGGGAUUUGCUUUAAAGUUUUCAAAGAACAAGAACCUGUACAGAAAGGAGAGGAACCAGGACGAGGAAGUAUGGAAGCAUUCCCGUUUUACGCCUCUACUCCAGGAGCUGGUGGAAGAUAUGGAGAAAGGCAAGCUCUCACUGGAAGACUAUCCCUAUGUGAAAGGGCCAAGCGAAGGCACUUCUGGAAAGUCUAGCAGCACGGGGUCGUCUAGAUUGCCGACAGCACCACCAAAUUCGAGACCCGCGCAGUCCAUGAGAACUUCCAAGCCAGGCUCUACGUGGGCCUCGAGACCGCGAGCCUCUGACGACGGUUACUCAAGUGACUCUGUGUUGAAAAGCGCCCUGAGUGACCCCAAGAUGAUAACUGGGAAGCGCAUUUUUGUGUUCGUGGUGAGCGGUAUAACACACUCCGAGUUACGUGCUGCUCACAAGUUAUCCAGUCAAUUGAAACGAGAAGUGGUUUUGGGAUCGACUUGCAUUGAUGAUCCUCAUCAAUUUGUCGCGAAGGUGAAGACCCUUAACGAUAUGGAUAUAAUGGAUUUCUGAUAUACUUAACAUAGGUAUGACUAGUUUCUUUUACAUCCCGCGUUGUAGAAAUAAACAGGGCCGAUAUGAUUCUUUCUUCUUUUAA